GAGUAAAAAAUGUAUGCCGAGUCAGGUAAGAAUUUCCCCUUUUCGAAUUUUUUUUUUUUGAACUUUUUUUUUAUUUUUAAAAUGCAACAUAAAUUGCGGCGCUAUUGGGGCGUUUCAUAAAAUGCAAACAGAAAAUGUAAACCUUUCGAUGGCAUACUUCCCCUUUUCCGUUUUCCUUUUUAACUCUUUUCCCAGUCAGCCAUCCGCUGUUCGCUACGCUCCUUUGCAACGCAAUAAAAUGAGCGUGGCUGAACCGAAUGGGCGUUCGUCGGGGGCGAAAGAAAUAAGCUACGCGUAUUAAGCAAUCCAAAAAGUCGCACAAAAAUAAAUCAGUAAAGUAUAACUAUAAAAAUUUACCUAUGCAAUAUCGAAUAAAAGGGAGAAAAAAAAAAGGGCAAUUCUUUUGAUGUUACUUUGCCGAGCCACCGCUGCUGUUCUCCAUUUUUAAAACCCACAUGGGGAUAAAAAAAGGGGCACCAUCCAGCAGUGGGUACAUUUGCUCAAAAUUUCCACUCCAUGUGAGCGUUUCCUAAUUGUAGUAUUUCUACCCAGAGGAAAAUAAGCAACAUAUUUGCAAAAUUAUACUUCCGUACAUACCUACUCCGCAAGAACUGCUUCCUCUCUCCAUUCAUAUAAUUAGCCCGAAACUUUUGGAAUUUUUUUCCAUCCUUGAGAAAGCCCCUCAAGUAGGCGCAAAAUUACGACGCCCAAACGCGUUCAAAGGAAUCAUAUAAUGAACCAGAAGCAGAAUGAUAAACGAUGAAGACUUGAGCCUGGAGUCCUUCAAAAAGCUAAAGCAGCUGGAGGAAAAAAUAAACGAAAAAACAAAAAAUAAUGAGAAGAGGAAAAAGGAAGAAGACAACAAGGUGAAAAACUUCAUGCAACUCAAACUGUUGGAACACUCAUUACCCCAUGACGUCAGGAAAAAAAUGAAGUCCUUAAAAAUCGACAGCAUGAAGGAUCUCGGAAAGCUAGCUGUCACUAAGAAGAAGAAGUUUUUCGUGAAAAUUUUGGAACGCAAAGAUUUGAAGCACCAGCAGAAGCGGAGGCAGAAGUAGGCCCAAAUAGGCCCAAAUCGAAUUUUGGAGCCUGCCCUGCCAACUCAUCUUUGGCGAAGCAAUGUUUUAGUAGCAACCGCCAUGCACGCAGAUGAUGCAG